GUUUGGUUUCAAAACCGUCGUGCCAAGUGGAGAAAGAGGGAGCGGUUUGGUCAGCUGCAGGGAAUGAGAGCGAUGACGGGCGGAUCCAAUCCUUACGACUUCCAGCUCACUCCAAGACACGAUGCUUAUUCACAGCUUCAACACAACCCCUGGGCAGCAUCCCCUCAAAUUCCCUAUUCCAUGCAAAAUUCCAACUGCAUGGCAUCACAGUCCACGGUCCCAAAUUUUAUGGGAUUAGCACACCCUAGUCAUUUGUCGUCAUAUCCUGUCAGUCAUCAACCUUCGAUGUCACUUCCGGUGUCACAGUCACCACCACUUGAUCCCUGCGAAAAUUCAGAAAGAAGAAGCACUAGUAUUGCCGCUCUCAGACUUAAAGCUCAUGAACACGGAGUAGCCAUGGGCAUAUUUGGUGCGUACGGGAAAUGACUCUAAUUGUGGGGGAAAAUACAAACAUUAUUAAAUUGAUGCCGAGGACUUACAUUGCUACGUAAGUGUAAAUAGAUGUUGUUUGGAAUGUGCAAAAGACUUUUUUAAAAAUCUUUCACGAACAAUACUGCUGUCUUUUCCUGUAUAUUUGUGCAGAAAUUUAUGCCACUGUGCUAUUGA